AUGCCUGUGCCCGACUUAGUCUUAGAUCCAGCCCUUAAACUAUGGGUAUUAUUACCUAUUUCUGUGGUGAUGGUUCUGGUUGGUAUUCUUCGAAGCUAUAUCUCUGUCUUACUCCAACCAAAAAUGAAACUGCAGGACUAUAGACUCGUUAGAGAACAACAGCAUUUGGCAAGACUACGGACCUACAGACGGAACUACUCUAUCUUCUGGACGAAGCAGGAACUUCAGAAUAGAAUCGAUUUUUUCAUCUCAGAAUACUCUGGCACGAAGUAUUUGAAGGAAUUGCCUCCUAGCGACCCAAAUGAAAUCAAGAACCCAUUAGCAGAUGCCAAUUCAUCGGACCUCUUGUUGCAAAUGGUGAAAAACAAUUUCGCCAACUACGUGCCCCAGACCUUGAUCAUGUGGUGGGUUAACUACUUCUUUAAGGGUUACGUGGUAAUGCGUUUGCCAUUUAAUCUUACCGGCAAUUUCAAGAGCAUGUUGCAACAAAGUAUAGACACAACUGAUCUGGACGUCACGUACGUCAGCUCCAUUUCCUGGUACUUUGUGAACCUGCUUGGUUUGAAGAGUAUAUACUCGCUGCUUCUUGAUGAUGGUGACAUUGUGAAUCAGCUUAUGGCCCAGCAGCAGCAGCAACCAAUGGUGCCCCCAAUAGCUGGCGCAGGUCCGUCGGCUGACAAACAGUUCAAAGCAGAGCUCGAGAACCUGCAAAUAGUGCCUUUCAAGAGCUGCCUUGAGGGCAUUGAAAGUCGGUUUGCUGAAAAAUGGGGAUGAUGUAUAUUCUAAGUUGAGAGUUUCUCUAUGAAUGCAUCUAUGUGUUUUUGUCCUUGGGACGGAAAUUCCUUUUCGUCAACUGUAAAAGGAGACUUUUUCAGUUCAUCUAUGAUUCGACUAAUCUCGUCGGCAGACAGCGGUUUUCUGAGCGAAUCAAUCCACCAUUGAGCUGCAACUGGAGACUUAAAUUUGCAAUAUAGCGAAAUGAUCAACUUUCUGCAAUUAUCAUCAAAGGGCUCAAACUUGUGUUUUCUCAAGUGGCCUAUCAACGAGGUUAACGUCACCGCAUUGUCUAUGGCAAGCGGCUUAUUUGCCAGUCGCCCGUACUGCCUGAUGACAGCGGAGUUUAUCCCGUUGACCUCUGCAUUUGUGUGUUUCAGAAACUCCAGGAACCAAAAUAGUUCCUGGAUGCUCAGCCAUGAGGUAAUGUUCUGGACUAAGUUUCUGCUUAUGGUGUCAGUUUGAUGUUGUAAUGCAAGUGCGAGUGGGGCAGCAUAGGCCAUGAAGACAAUUCUGCGGCUGGUGAGGUCGGCAUUGAUGGAAAGUGCGGUGUCUUUCACAAGUUUUGAAUAUUUUUCAAGUACAGUUGGCGACGGAACAAGCUGACUUUCGAGCAGGUAGGCGAGCAUUUGAGCAGCAAGAUGAAACUUCUGAUGUUCGAUAGAAAACUCGAGCAACCGUAUUUGAAGCUCGGGGGUUGCGUCUCUAGGAAAGUCUGUUGAAACAUCCAAUUUAUCCAAGGUAUCAAUAGCUUGUUGGAUGUAGUCGAAAUUUUCCAACUUCAUAAGCUCCUGAAACAGCACGGCAGUCUCAGAUUGAUCUAUAACCUCAAGAGUCUUCAGACUGUAUUGAACCACUUUCUGCUGUGACUCCUGGGGUAAUGCUUUGCUCAAAGACAAAAGUCCGCAGAUUAUAUCAAAAUGCGAGUAUUUUUUCAGCUCCGUGGUUAAAUGUUGUAUGAUCUGAUCAAUUUCGUAGCUGGACGACAUAUCUUGAAUUAUUUCACAAACUUGUGGAGGGAAGGUAAUGGCUGGAGAAGCUUCGGGGCUCUGGAUGGUGCGGAACUUCCUGCGAGACUGGCCUCCAGUGCGAGUCAAGAAAAGAUCCACGAGAUCUGUCUCUAGAAAUUGGGGGCCUCUGGGAGUCGGUUCUUUCACAUUAAUCAAAUCUCGAUAUUUUGCUGGUAACUGGUAAUGUAUACAUGUCUGCAGUACGUCGUUGAGGCGAAAUCGCACAAAUGGAUUUCGAUAGGUUUCUUUCUCCUCGAGCGAAUGAGGAACUGGGAUCUUUUCUGGAAGUGUUGGAGCAAACUUGGGUGGUUUCAAGUGAGUGGCAAGCUUAAGAAGC